AUGCCUUCUGCAAAUCUUCAAGGCCUCAACAUCGUGCACCCUCCUCACGAGCCCUCCGACGCUCACGAUCUCCUCUUGGGCCAGGCUUACCCAGAUCUCACCGCUCAACUCGACCUCUGGACCAACCUUGCUUUCGACUCGGAGGAACCCAUUGCUACCAGACACGACGACCACAAGAAGGCUCAUCUAGAUGACGAUGAAGAGGAAUCCCGUGCCGCAGAAAAAACUGCCCAUAACCUGCCCGCACCUCAUAUCCAGCAGGGAAUUCCUGCCCCUCAUGCCAAUCUCUUCGACCUGAACACUUUCCUUGCCGGCUUUGGUAUUGAUUCUUAUACUGCCCACCCCUCCCAACUUCAACAACAACCCAAUGCGAUCGCACCGUCUCUGGCUCAACUAUUGGCUCUUCACCCAUCCAACCCUGCUUAUCCUCAAACCGUACCUCAGUUUUCUGUUCCGGCCGCACCUUCUGCGUACACCCGCCCUACCAUUCCGGAGGCGGAGUCUUAUCCUCCUUCGAAACGUUCCCGAGCUCGCAAGAUGUCCAUUAACAGCGCUGAAUCCCCCGAUUUUAGGGAGGACAGUCUACCACCCACUACCACCGCUCUCUCUCCUGCCGAAGAUAAGCGUCGCAGGAAUACUGCGGCCAGCGCUCGAUUCAGGCUCAAAAAGAAGGAAAGGGAAGCAGCUCUCGAAGGAAAGGCAAAGGAACUGGAAACCAAAGUCGCCGAGUUGGAGAGGGAGUGUGAAGGGUUGCGCAGGGAGAACGGCUGGCUAAAGGGUUUGGUUGUCGGUGUCACAGGCGCUGCUCAAGGCCCUAAUUCUACUCAAAACCUCAACGUUUCCCCUCCUCCUUCUUCGACCACGGUAUCGGCUGGAACCAAACGACGCCGAGACGAAACCACUGCAUAA